AUGCGGUUACGUUGGCAUCACGUGGACUACUACGCAUUAGCGUCAAUGAAGCAGCAACGAAAACAAGAUCGGCGAACUUUGCCGUGCCCAAAGAUUGUAGAUGGUGAAGACAUUGCUUUACCCGACGACAUACCUGUCGCAUUGUUUCAGCUUCUAGCGAAUGACAGCAAGAACCUCAGUCAUGGCGUCGAUUUCUCCGAGCUCUCCGCGACCAUCCUUCCGAAAGCAGCAGCCGCUUCCAUUCUCUCGCAGUUUCUUCCUCAAAAGCAAGUAGUGUCGAAAACUUCAAGCCGCACCAUCGAAUGGAUGCUGGACAGUAACGAACUUAACGAUGCUGAACCCAUUACUCCCUUGAUGGCCAAUUUAGAGGAACCGCUACUGCAGGAUACGGAUUUUCAGAACGUCAGACGUGCGGAGGAGGAUGCAGAACCCAUCGCGAUGGAAUCUGCACCAUCCAGGGAACAUCUCGUUUCUUUACUGGACCUCGAAACAGCGUGCAAUUCAUCAACGUCUUCAAAGAGCGGCAAGCCACACAAGAUGGACAAGUUCUGUCCCAUGGACCCUCCGUGCAUCCUGGACGAUCCCAUCAAUCCCGGUCAUUCCAUGACGGAUCCGUCAACGAUUAUGAAGAAGAUGGAUCUGAUGAAACCAUCUGAAGACGCAAUGAGUGGCCUUUUAAACAGCCGUACUAAUAUGAUGUCGCUGUUGGGUCCAGGUCGGAUGGCAGUUGAUCAAGUGAAGCCGACAUACACAGAGACACUUUGCAAGGUUCUGGAGGAGCCAAGCACAAUUGUUCGUGAUUCCGCCAAGAGCGAAGCUGUUCCGCUGCUUGAUGUGCCAUUCCCAUCACUCAGCCAGUCACCAAUGGGUGAGAAGCUGGCCGUGGAGCUGAUUCACAAAGAGAAAAGCCUUCGCCUUGAAGCGCUUCCCUCCUUGAGCGUGUCAAUGAAAGACUUCAACGAGCUGGUUGUGGCUCCUCAGCUCACCUUCAACUGUGGUGGAAUCCGAUCGCUUCCAGUUCCACUUCUGCAGCAGGACGAAUUGCAAGGGGAUGGCAAUCUCCUACCUGUCACUGCGUUCUUAUCUCUAAGCGAGUCACUGAAGGCGAAUCUGACAAUGGCUUCUCGUGCAAGAGAUUUCCUGUACCUGGAUUGGCAUCUGUCGCAAGAUUUCAAGUCUUGCACUUCAUCCAAUUGCUCCAAUGCUGGCUGCAAGCUAUCUUUUCAAAAAGUUCGUUUGCUCCAAUCAGAGGCGCCUCAAUCUGACUUAAUAUUUUCUCUUAUUGAAGACAGGAUGCAGAGCAUACCCGCACAAAUGGUCUCCGAGUUUGAGCAAAAGAUGGUGCUGCCAUCAGCCCUGGUUCAGAUGGUAGAUUCGGUUUCAACCUCUCCAGCUGUUGCACCACUCUUUUCAACAUCACCACAUGCUUCCUGUGUUGCUAUUGCAGCGCAAUCGCCAUCUCAGCCUUUGUAUGGUAUCCGCGUUGCUCAUCUGUUUCUGGAGCAGGGGUUGGAAACCGCUUCGAUUGCUCACCUUGCACCUUCCUUCAAGAGGACCAGAGAAGCACUGGCAUCAGCGUUUGAGCUGGUGGAGGGUGGUGCAACGGUGGAUCACCCGAAGCUCUCCAUGCUGACCUCUCUCCUCCGAGCCCAUAAAAAGACCUACCAGUUAGACUCCAAGGGUAAUGCGGCGUCUACAGGUUCUGCAAAUGUGCUGAUUGUUGCUGACAACAUGGCGUUUUUCACCAUGUACAAGCUGCUGGGCACAUGCCAGUUCCAGCCUUUCCAGAUCGGACGUUCUGGAGCGCUCUCUGGGAUGGAUGGGAGGGGGAUACCAAAGGGGAAUUGGGAGAUGGUGCAAGGGAAGGUGAACGAAGCGCUUGAGAUUUCAGACUGCCUCCUUGUUUCACCCAAACCACGCCUACACAAGCUGCAAAGGAGUGAACCAGAAGAACCAGAAGACCGUUACGAUGAGAUUGCCAUAGCACAAGAAUCUGAAAGGCAUGCUGCCUCAAUUGGUAUGAAUGCUGCUCUAUACACGACUAUUGAAGCACCUGAGCUGGUUACAGAGCCGAACGAAUGGAGACAGGAGCAGCAUCUGUCACGUCAUUAUUCAGUGGGCGUGCCAGAAAAGAAGAAGGCUGCUGUGGAAUACAAGAGGACUGUCAUUGUGAACACGAGGGACCAGUUUGACCCCAUUGUUCUCAGACGAAGGCAACUCUAUGAUAAGAUCCUCCAGCUGGAGGAGAGUGGCAUUCAGAUCAUUGAACGAGAUCUGGUAGCACCGGCAGAGAUUGUGCUGAAUGCAUCCACUUCAUUAAUCAUCUAUAACCCCCAGCGUCUGAAGGAAGUUCAGAAACUGGCAGCAAUGGACGGUCUUCCAUCGAGUUCUCUCAUGACCGUGUGCUUGGAAGCUGUUGUGGAAACCCACCUGAAGGCUCUCAGUUUUGCCUACCAAACUUGCUUCUUGGUGUUUGAGGGAACUGACGCCUAUCUGACACAAAUCAAGUGCAAUGUUGACGACCUAUAUGCUGGAGGAGCAGCUCUGGAUCUGGACGUACAAUGUUUCUUCUCAUCAUCUGAAACCUCCACCGAGAGUUUGAUUCUCAGUCUGCUGUCUUCAGCUGCUUCCCCUUCCCCUGCUAAACAAUCAGGCUCCGAACCAUCAGACACCCAGCCCUUCCGCACCCCCCUGCCUGAAUCCGAAUCCCCACAAGAGGCCUUCCUAUGCCGCUUUCCAUCCCUCAACCCACUCUCUGCACACAUCAUCAUGACCUCAGGCUUCCCUCUGCCUGUGUUCAUGUGUCUGCACCACGAGCAGCAAGCAUCAGCAACUGUUCCUCGCGGACUUCCAUCCCGCUCCCUCAGUCUGUUCCAGGCCCAGUGUGAACACAAGACUACUCCACGGCAAGGCCCAGCUCACAUCCACAUGCCUGUUCAGGGCUCACGAAAUUCACCUCCAUCAGAAGGCAACCUACCAAUGUACCCGAGUGACAUGAGGCAAACCAGCGAUCGAGGUCACCUCCAGAUGCGCCCUGGGGCCAUCCAUCUGCUCGACCGACGGCCUCAGAAGCUGAAACCCUGUGGUGUUCGGAGCUUCCCAUCUGCAUUCGAGAUUGAGCAGGCUGAUGCAGCACCGCUUCUUGGGGAUGAAGACUAUUACCGCAACCACAUGUCUCAAGCUCGCAUGACCGAUUCUCCCAGCAGUCACUAUUCUGCAUCACCUGCCAGUAGCACAUACUUCCAAGGAGCAAGCGAAUCAGAGCCCUCUGUAGCUCCCUCCGCUUCAAGUGGCGUCAGAUCUGCCUUGCAGGGCUGGAUGUCAAGAAGGCAAUCAGCAGGUCACCAGAGUAACCCUACAGGCAGUUCAUCCUUCCAUUCAGAAGUCCCCCCAGCUGGUACACGAGGAAACCCAUAUGGCGCAAGGUCCUCCUUCCCUCAGCUCUCCCGCUAUUCUGCCCCAGGGACUCGGUCGGAUGACCACCAUUAUCCAUCAGGACACGUUCCUCAUCAGGCGCAGCCCGGUCGGCCUGAUUAUUAUCAGCAGCAACAGCAGCAGGGCCUUUCUAACACCCAGUACUAUCGGUCGCAGCAGCAGCAAUUUCAGAGCUCGCCGAGCCAUGACAGAUGGGCUUCUCCACCAGCACCACCUCAAACCAACAGACAGUUUCGUGGCAGAGAGCAAUCCACAAACCAACGGGUCUGCACGAGCCUCUUUCAAGAUGACUCUGCCAGAAGGCGAGAGGAGGCCGAUGCGUCUCUGCAGAAGUUCCGGCACACAGGGAGCAAGAUCCCCAAGCAUGUGAUGUUGAAGCGGAAACUACAAGGUGUACAGUCGUCUGAUCAAAGAGGGAGUUCUUCUAGCAGGGCGGAGGAUUCACGGCUGUCUUGGACACCUAGUGACAAGAGAGCAAGAGAGAUUCUGGCAUGUGAACGAGCUGAAGGUGAUGGGAAGCAGUGCAAAUUGGUGUGGAAGAAGCCAGCUGGCUUGUCUUUGCUCCAAUAG